ACGUGGAAGUGGAAGGGGAGGCGGAGGAGGCGCUUCAAAGCCAGCGGAAACUGCAGCAGACGCCAGCGCGGCACCACCGCCGCCGCCGACUCAAACGAAACCAACACCACCGAAACUUAAUACAGCCCCGAAACAACCUUCAGCAACGUCGCCUGUGACGCCGACGUCGGCUAAAGGGAAAAGUUCUUCAAGACGUUCUUCACGAAACAGCCCUGCUGCCAAUCCUCCGACUCCUUCGACUGACGUUCCUCCAACCCCCACGACAACUUCCCGCUCUUCAAACCGCCGUCAGCGUCCACAAAACCAGUCAAAAACUCCAAAAGAUGUACCGAAAAUCAAUGCACCACCAGCCGCUAGUGAACGGCCAUCAAAGCAACGGAAUCGUCCAGCUCCGCUUAACGCGCCCUUAAAAGCCGCCUCAUCUGCUCCAGCUACUGCCAAUCACCUAGACGUUCGCCAUGAUAUUGAUGCACUCGUGGAACGUGUUCGAGCCUCUGCAAUGGCUGAGGCUCGACCCACAACGCCAGGCAGUCACAUUGACUGGGCCGGAGAUGAGGACGACACGCUGCCUGAUCUAGAUGACUGGGGCGUCAAGCCUAAAGUCCCUUCAGAGCCCCAAGAUUCAGCGAUAUCUCCUAUCAUUGUCGAGGGCCUGACGCCUCUUCCUGAUCUAGUUUCAAAGCCCACGUUUGCCGAACACGAUGGAUUGUCGCCGUCCAUGGCGUCAAUAUACCCGCCCAAUUCUGGCAGUCCGCGGCAGAUGGACAGUGUAUUCCUUGAGGAAUCAAAGAAAGAAGAGGUAUCGUCAAAGGAAGUCGACGCAGCCGCCGUGAGCGUGCCUCCCUCUCAUGAUGUUCCUGCCGUCUCUGAAACAGAGUCCCUUCAACCCAAACCUAGCAUUCCUGUUACUGACCCACCCAGAGCACCCCUUCACCCUUCCCUACCUCCCAAACCUGCUUCGUCGGUUGUAUCAGUCAACUCGCGACUAAGUGCAACGCCUAUGCGUAAUCCUACACCGCCAAAGCACAAUAAAAAUGGAAUAUCAUCUAAACCUGCAGAACAGCCAAAGCCAGUCGAGCAAUCCAAACCUACUGAACAACCUAAUCCCCCAGAAACCUCCAUUACUACGGAGAAGUCGGACCUUUAUCAAUCUAUACAUGCUCCAUCGCAGCCCAAGCCUCUCCUAGUCGUUGAUCCCCCAAAACCUGGCCUCGAAGCUUCUAUACACGCACCCAAGCCAGGCGAACCAAUAUCAGCUCCCAGCGACAUCACCACAUACGCCGCCUCGCGCAACGGACCACAUGCAUUCAACCCUACUCACAACCGUAAUCUCACUGUCGGUCGCCAGCCUCCCAUGCAUCAUCCUUCUCCCAUACACCUCAAUACCCGGUACACGCGUUCGGGCGCGUCAACACCGCGACGGGGAUUCAUGCAGGACGGCUACCACGCUCGGACUCAUUCAUCUCCUCCCACGGUGGAUAAUCAUCGGCCACACCAUGCUUCUCGACCUAUUCUCACGGGUGAUGCCCUUUCCAGGCUCGCCAAGACGAUAGGUGGGACUUCGCCUAGGAGCACGGUCGUCGUCGCACCCAAGGAGUGAUUGAUUCCCUUCUUCUUCUAUCCCUCUGUAUUCCAGGAUCUUCAUCACACACUCCCAUCUCCUAACAUCUGUAUUUAUGAUUACUUUUUGACUUUUACGAAUAAUCUCGAUACCCUUUUCCCUAGGUCCUAUUUAUAAAUUUCUUUUUUUAUGUGUACAUGUGCUUGCUUUUGAUACCAUGUUCCUUCCAUGAAAUCAGUGUUGGUUGCUUUUGUAAAAUACCUUUUUUGCUACGAGUUCCAUCGGGUUUGUACGAUAGACAGUGUAUACUCAUCCGCUACGUAUUGGUAGUAGGUAGGGACAGGAAUAAUGGAUAACAACAUCAUGCUCGGUUACAUUGAC